GAGAGGUCACGUGAUAGUGUAGAGUGUAAUAGAUAUGUAUAUAUUUAUAUAGAAUAUGGCGGCCUCACAGCUCGGAGGUAACAAUCCUGUCAUGUGGAGAUGGCUUCCUGUGACCGCUGAUAUAUGUGAGGGGAUGGACUGUGUUUAUGAACAGGGAUAAUACACCAGAUGUAAUGACGCCAUAUUAGUGAGGAUGAGGAGCGAUGAAUUGUCUGACAAUGAAGAGGAAGAAAUAAGAAAGCUGAUAAGACACAGACCAGAUCAGAAGAUACAAUACUGAAGAAUCCAGAAUGACAGGACUUUUAUGGUCAAACGCCUGGUUCGAAUUCCCAACCAGGGUGCCCCCAGCUGUUUCAAAACCACAACUCUCAGGAUACCCGGACAGCCUUGUAACUUUAACGCCUGAGCCCGGAUUACAAAUGGUCGUACAAAUCCGCAGCAGCCUCCAGCCGCACACCAAGAUGAGCGAGAUCGGCCACCAGCAGCAGAAGGUGGAGGCCAACAUCCUGGUCCUAGGGGCCGAGAACGUCGGCAAAUCUGCUCUGACCGUUCGCUUCCUGACGCGGAGAUUUAUCGGAGAAUAUGUUGGCACAGAAUCCAUCUACACCCACAACGUCAUCGUAGAUGGAAGAGAAACCUUCUUCAGCAUCUGGGACUCCGUCUGUCCACAGAACCCGAACCUUCAGACCUGCGUCAGUGAAGAUCAGCUCCGCUGGGCCGACGGCUUCAUCCUGGUCUACAGCAUCUGUGACCGCAAUAGUUUCAACGUGAUGCAGAAACAGCUCCAGCGGAUCCGCCAGCUAAAGAGGCGCAACAGCUCGGCGGCGCCCAUCAUCAUCGUGGGCAACAAGCGCGACCUCCAGCACCGGCGCGAGAUCUCCAGCGAGGAGGGGCGCAUGCUCGCCAUCUCUUCGGACUGUGACUUCUUCGAGAUCUCGGCCGCCGAGACCUACCACGGCUCCCUGGUGGUCUUCCACCAGCUGCUUGAGUCAGUGAGGGAGAUCAGGAGCUCCAGCAAGAAGAACGCGGGCAUCAAGGGCAUCGUGAGGAGCAUGUCCGCCGUGUUCGGGAGAAGGCGAACAGAGUGAGGCCGCCGCAGAUCCCUCGCCUCGGUUGACUUAUUGGACUGGUUGAGGUCCGAGCCGAGAUGAGGUCAGGAGGGGGUUCGGUGCUGAUCUGAGGACUGCUGGACUUAACCCUUUCUUUUUCUGCACCUGGCCUGUCUUAAAGCCAAAGACUCGAACAUUUGGUUGCAUUGUCGCCCUCGUAGGGCGGUCACCUCAGCUUGUGGGGUCACCGCCGUGUGUGCGUUGUACCGUAGCAGGACUCAAGCUGGGCGGAAUCCAGGACUAUUAUGCAACCUUUACAAAGCGUUUCUGCUAACACAGGGCUAUGCCACGUGCUGGAACACGCUGAUCUGUUGUGUGCCGCCUCUGCCCGCUGUCUGUGCCUCCCGACCCCCCCACAAUGCACUGGGGCAAAGAGUAUAAAGGGCUAAAGCUCUUCUUCUGUGGAGGGGGAUUUAUUUAGGAGUAUUAUUUGCACUAUGUGGGAGAACAGGUUCUGCGGAGGGAGGGGGGAUUCGUAGAGAUGUUCUAUACGUUUUUUCCUAUAGGGUUCCAUAUUGGGUAUUGAUGUAGGCUACGAACCAGGGUGCCUCCAGCUGAUGCAAAACUACAACUCCCAGCAUGCCCGGACAGCCUUUGGCUGUCCGGGCAUGCUGGGAGUUGUAGUUUUGCAAAAAACACUGAAAUAUCAGUGCGCCUCAUGCCUCUGCUACAUCGCCAUCUAUAGGUUACCCUAUAUGGAAUUAUUAUUAUUAUUUUUUUUAUUUGCACGAUGGAAUGUUAACCCUUCAAAUGCACAUCUCUGAGGCGGUGUGACAACUGUAGCUGCUGUCGUCUGUGUGCUGUGCACAGGCUGUACAUAUAUGUAUAUAGCUGUAAUAUAUAGAGAGGAGACUUGUCUAUAUGUAUAUAUAUAUAUAAUUUAUAUGGGGUGGGGCUAGGAUGCCGCUGUUUACAUGAAGAUAUUUAUUUUUUACACUAGUUGUUUUUUUUGGGGUUUUCUGCCAAUAAAAAAACUUGAAAAUUAACAAUUUUUUAUGUAUUAUUCUGCAAUGAAUUUGGGGGGCGGGCGGAAUGAAUACGCUAUAUCAGGUGUGAUGUCAGUUGUAUAGGGCCGCAUUUUCUUCUAGAAUGAUCCUACGUGUGGUAUAAUGUUGGUUUGCCGAUGUUUACCGCGAGUGUAAGAUUUAUGUUUUUUUUUUUUAUCAUUUAUUUUAUGUUUUCAAUGUUUACCG